AUGCCUCGCAGAAAGCUACUGUCAGACUUCGAGAAGGGGCAGAUUGUGGCCAUGAAACAGGAGUGUUUGAGCGUUUGCGAGAUCUCUCGCACGCUUACCAGGUCCCCAGGUGCAGUACAAAACUUUUUGAAGCACCCAAAGCGGGUUGACGGACGCAAAAGCACUUGCAACGCAACAAAAAUUUCUAAGAAGCAAACGCGGCUUUUGCUGCGAGAGGCCAGUAAGGGAGAAAAAUCAUGCCGGGAGCUGAAGCUGAGCCUUGACAUUGAUGUGGGGGUCUGUCGCGUUCAGCAAAUACUACGUGACGCACCGCAUUUGAAGUACAAGAAAAUGCUGUCGCGUCCGCAGAUGCUCCAGAGGCACAAGAGUGCCAGACUGGAAUGGAGCAAAAAGAGGCUGGAGAACAGAAAGGCAUUUUGGCGCCGGGUAAUCUUUUCGGACGAGAAAAACGUCAACCUAGAUGGGCCAGAUGGGUUGGCAUGCUAUUGGCACGACUUGAGCCGAGAGGAACAAGUCUUUUCGACGAGGCACCAGGGAGGAGCAUCUUUGAUGCUUUGGGGAGCUAUCUCUUGCCAUGGUACGUCUCAUCUGGUCUGUGUUGAAGGUAACAUGGACUCUACGCUCUACUGUGAGGUACUGGAAGAGGACCUGCUACCAUUCGCUGCUGACACAUUCGAUGAAGAAUGGACAUUUCAGCAAGACGGGGCAUCCUGUCAUCCAUCAAACUACACCAAGAAUUGGUUUUCGUCGAAAAAUGUCAAGUUGUUGGGGUGGCCAGCGAAGUCACCAGACUUGAACAUAAUCGAAAAUGUAUGGGGCUUGCUUGCCCGCCGUGUUUACGGGCAUGGGCGUCAAUUUAGCAACCUGGAAGACCUCGCUGAUAGAAUCCUAGAUUGUUGGAGUUCUAUUUCCGAGGAGUACCUGAAUAAGCUCUACGAAUCAAUUCCUCGGCGCCUUGUGGAGGUACUAGAGAAGAAAGGUGGCCCUACGAAGUAUUAG